AUGGCACGGGCUAGGGAAGAAGCAGGGGACAGCCAGCUGGUGUCUGGUAGGGAGCCAUCCUCACGUAUCAUCAGAGUGUCUGUCAAGACCCCACAGGACUGCCAGGAGUUUUUCCUGGCAGAAAAUAGCAACGUCCACCGCUUUAAGAAGCAAAUUUCCAAAUACCUUCACUGUGACACUGACCGAUUGGUGCUCAUCUUCACUGGGAAGAUCCUCCGGGAUCAAGACAUACUGAGCCAGCGUGGCAUUCUUGAUGGCUCUACAGUCCACGUGGUAGUGAGGUCUCGUUUGAAAGGGUCAGCCUGUACAGGAACUCUGGCAGGCCCCACAGGCCACUGUACCCACCGUUCAGAACCAUCAGCCAAGCUUGGUCGGCUGGCCCGGAACUCACCUGACCUAGCUGAUUUCUUCAGCCAGCUUGUCCAACUGCUGCCUACGGCACCAGAGUCUGUGGUGCAGUUCUUGGAAGAUCCUCUGAUUCAAGGACUGGCAAAUGAGAAACAAGCCAAUGGUGUGCACAUUCCCGAAUCCUCAAAGACCGUACAGAAACGGGAUCCAGCUCUCAAAUUUCCGGAAACCUUACAGAAGCCUGCGCGACAGCAGGAAGUCCUGCAGGAACACAAGCAGAGGCUGGAGGCCCUGAAAGCCGUGCCAGGGGGUGACAAUGCUAUGCAUCCCAGCUGCUCCAAUAUCCAGCAGGUCAUGCUCUCCACUCUGGCCUUAUUGGUGGCUUCUAAAGGCCAUAGUUCAGGCUCAGAGCUGUGUAGAGGAGAAGCCAACAACGCUCAUAGCAGUUCUGAUCCUACCACCAUUCCAGCCACUUCUGCUCCGGUCAGGACCUUGGCACAAGAGGUCAGUACAGGAGGAGUUACCCAGGUCAAGGGCAUAGUUUCAAGUCAGGCCGGUUCAGGGUGCCGAUCUGGUACGAUAGACUUACACCCAGGCUCAGAUAUCCCCUCCCAAGAGAGCCAGCAGCCAGUGGAGAAAGUUCCUCUAACCAGUCAGCAAAGACUCUCGCCCCGUGUUCUGCGCCGAGCCUUGACUGUCCUGCAGCAGAAUCCAUCUCUGGCACACCAGUUGGCAACUGGCAGCCCCCUAAUACAUCAUAUACCGCUUCUCCCCAUCCUCACCAACCCUCGAGCGCUGCAGGCAUUGCUACAGAUAGAGGAAGGCCUACAGAUACUGUCCAGGGAGGUGCCUGAGCUGGGACCAUUCUUUCGGGACUCAGCUAAACCACGUGGGGCUAGAGGAGCCCAAGAAACUAGGGGUAGAAGACAAGCCCAUAGAGAAGAUACCACACAACACUCCUUGGCCUUUCUUCAGCUCUUCCAUUCCUUGGCCAGCGCCUGUUCCCAGUCUGCACUGCCCACAUCCCUCUUUACUGAAGGUCGGUACCAGCAAGAACUGGAGGAACUGAAGGCCUUGGGUUUUGCUAACCGUGAUGCAAACCUGCAGGCCCUUGUAGCCACAGAUGGAGAUAUCCACGCCGCCAUUGAGAUGCUUCUAGGGGCUCCGCAGGACUAG